UGUGGUUACGCUGUCAUGAAGUUACCUCCUGUUUCUACCAGAGAUCAGACAGACACUAUGUAAACGUGCACGGGGCUUUCAUGCUUACAUUUUACCACAACCUGGGCUGUUGGUACGAUCCCAAAGUUUUUUUUCUUUCUUUUUUUCUUUUUACCUUUGUAAUUGAUUUUGUGAGAAAAGGAGGACGGACACUUGUUUUUCUGUUUGGUUUGAUCAGUCGGCAGCAAGCUCUAUUAUGGAAAGCGAUUCAACUAUGUCCUCUACUGAGACCUACACACAAACAACGGUCAUAGCAACCACAAGCCACUUUCCCACACAGCAAGACAAGCAAAAGGAGUAUCACACAACCCUCCUGGUCAUCUACUCUGUGGUUCUGCUCUGCGGCACUGUUAGCUUGAGCCUGAUGAUGCACAUCAUGAGACACCGCGCAGCUUCCUCCACCUCCUGCGCUGUGUACAACCUGAUCUUUGCCCACUUCAUCUUCCUUUUCACCACGCCCUUCAGAAUCUACUACUAUGCAACUCAAUACUGGAGCAUGGGCUUGCCGUGGUGUAAAAUUGUGAGCGCCAUGAUCCACGUUCACAUGUACAUGUCGUUUGUGCUCUACGUGGUCAUCCUCGUCACUCGUCUUUUGCCGCACUAUUUCAAAGCGGCACGAGUCGUAUCCUUCAACCGGAUGCACGCAUUCGUUGGCAGUGGUUUCGUGUGGGUCACCGUUUUAGUCGUAGCUCCUUGCCUCAUCCAUUUUCAAUACGGCAAGCAGUACAGCCCUACCAACACCACACGCUGCUUCAAUUUCGGAGACAACAUCAAGUUUGCCAGAGAGCUGAACUACUUCAUGAGCACAUCGAUCAUAGUGGUGGCGUUGGUGCUGACGGGCCUGCAGGCCAACGUCCUGUUGGUUUUAUACAGGAGGUACCAGCAAAGAUGCACCUCUGAGCAGGACUUUGGGGCUCAGCGAAAGAGCCUCCUGUUUGCCCUGAUCAUGGUAGUCUGCUACGUUCCCUACCAUAUUUUCCGCCUGUACUACAUUGAUCACCCUGACCUCGAGAGCAUCAAUGAGGUUUUUUUGAGUCUGACCACUUUCAACUGUUUGGACAUGCUCACCUUCUUGAGUAGGAGAACCUGCAGCGCGUGCUUGCCAGGAAGUAGGAGUUGA